GACGUUCAAUAAAUCGCCGCCAUGGGUGAUAUGUUUCGCAGUGAAGAGAUGGCUUUGUGCCAGCUCUUCAUACAGCCUGAGGCUGCCUAUGCCUCUGUAGCUGAGUUGGGUGAAUUGGGUUGUGUACAGUUCCGCGAUCUUAAUGGAGAAGUCAGCUCCUUCCAACGUAAAUUCGUCACCGAAGUGAGACGUUGUGAUGAACUUGAACGUCGCAUACGCUAUGUGGAAAAUGAAAUGCGUAAAGAUGACAUUGAAAUGCCCAAGCUGGAUGAAGACAAUGAACCGGCUGCACCAAAUCCAAGAGAAAUUAUCGAUUUGGAGGCUCAUUUGGAAUCGAUUGAGACCGAAUUGAAGGAAUUGAGUCAAAAUGCUGUCAAUUUGAAUGUCAACUACAAUGAUAUGAGUGAAUUGAAGGCAGUGUUGGAAAACACUGAAAGUUUCUUUGAUGACAAAGAGAUACUCAAUUUGGAUACAAAUCGUUAUGUCGACCCUAAUGAUGUGAAUGCCCAACAGCAGAGGGGUCAAUUGGGUUUCAUUGCCGGUGUUAUCAAGCUAGAGAAAUUCUUUGCCUUUGAACGUAUGUUGUGGCGUAUUUCACGUGGUAAUGUUUUCUUGAAACGCAGUGAUUUAAGCGGUAUGCUUAAGGACCCUGAAACAGGAAAUCCCGUUUUGAAGACUGUGUUUGUGGCCUUUUUCCAAGGUGAACAAUUGAAGCAGAGAAUUAAGAAGAUCUGUUCGGCAUUCCAUGCUGCCGUCUAUCCAUGUCCCAGUGCCCACCAGGAACGUGUGGAUAUGUUGAAAGAUGUCUCGACGAGAUUGGAAGAUUUGAAAUUGGUAUUGAACAGCACCGCCGACCAUCGUAAUCGUGUUUUGGUUAGUGCUGCUCGCAACUUGCCAGCCUGGACCGUUAGUGUCAAGAAAAUGAAGGCCAUUUAUCAUACCCUGAACAUGUUCAACAUGGAUGUUUCGAACAAGUGUUUGAUUGGUGAAGGUUGGGUACCACUCAAUGACUUCCAGACGGUGAGCAAUGCCUUGGCCAGGGGUUCAAAAUUGGUGGAGAGUACCAUUCCCUCGUUUGUGAAUAUCAUCGAGACCCAUGAACAACCACCCACUUUCACGCGUACCAACAAAUUCACCAAUGGUUUCCAGAACCUUAUCGAUUCCUAUGGCGUGGCAUCGUAUCGUGAGGCAAAUCCUGCUCUCUAUACUUGCAUCACUUUCCCCUUCUUGUUCGCUGUGAUGUUUGGUGAUUUGGGUCACGGCUUGAUAUUGUUUGCUUUCGCUUUGUACCUGGUCAUCCGUGAGAAUGAAUUGCGUAAAAUCAAGGGUGAAAUUUUCCAACUUUUCUUCGGUGGUCGCUACAUUAUCCUACUGAUGGGUCUGUUCUCCUUGUACACCGGUUUCAUAUACAACGACGUUUUCUCCAAGUCCAUGAAUAUCUUUGGAUCCAGUUGGAGAGCACGUUACAAUACCACCACCGUCCUUGAUAAUCCUAAUUUGCAAAUGAAUCCUGAAUACCAUGUGGAGGGGGUCUAUCCCAUGGGUUUGGAUCCCAUUUGGCAAUUGGGCGAUAACAAAAUCAUUUUCCUUAACACUUACAAAAUGAAGUUGUCCAUUAUUUUCGGUGUACUGCACAUGAUAUUCGGUGUCUGCAUGUCCCUGGUCAACUACACCCAUUUCAAGAGACGUGUUAACAUCAUUAUGGACUUUAUACCCCAAAUUGUCUUCUUGGUUUUGUUGUUCGGCUACAUGGUAUUUAUGAUGUUCUUCAAGUUCGUCAAAUACUCCGCCAAGGCUGAUGAACAGGCCCUGACACCUGGCUGUUCUCCAUCGAUUUUGAUUCUCUUCAUUAACAUGAUGUUGUUCAAACAUCAAGAACCCCUGGACGGUUGUGAGGAAUAUCUCUUCGAGGGUCAGGAUAUGAUACAGACUGUAUUUGUUAUCAUUGCCGUUAUCUGUAUUCCAUGGAUGUUGUUGGGUAAACCUUUAUAUAUUAUGUGUCAACGUAAGAAGCAACCUGCCGUGCAUCAUACCAAUGGAGAUGUCGAAAAUAAUGCCGUUAAGCCCGCUCCAUCUGCUGAGGGUGGUCAUGGUGGCCAUGGUCAUGAAAACGAGCCCAUGGGUGAAGUUUUCAUUCAGCAAGCCAUUCACACAAUUGAAUAUGUUUUGAGUACCAUUUCGCAUACGGCCUCAUAUUUGCGUUUGUGGGCCUUGUCAUUGGCUCAUGCCCAAUUAUCUGAAGUCUUGUGGAACAUGGUCAUGCAUAUGGGUUUUGUUCCUAUCGACUAUGUUGGAGGUGUUAUCAUUUUCUUCAUGUUCGGCGCCUGGGCUGUCUUGACAUUUGGUAUUUUAGUCUUGAUUGAAGGUCUAUCCGCCUUCUUGCACACUUUACGUUUACAUUGGGUCGAAUUUAUGAGCAAAUUCUAUGAAGGUUUGGGCUAUGCCUUCCAACCAUUCUCAUUCAAAGCCAUGUUGAAUGAAGUUGAAGAAUAAAAAAAAUAUAUAUAUUU